AAUGAGGAGCAAAAGUGCCAUCAAGAACGAAUUGAAAAACUGGCCACAAUCUUAGGCGGGGAGGUUUCUAUAGCCUUGAAUUUGCAAUUCCUCAUUCGAAACAACCACACAGACAUGCUGAUACUGAAGCAGACUAAAGAAGCUGUGAGGAAUUCCGUGUGUCACACAGCAACUGUGGUGGCUAAUUCAUUCAUGCACUGUGGAACCACUAGUGACCAGUUUUUGAGAGACAAUUUAGAUUGGUUGGCUAGAGCCACAAACUGGGCUAAAUUCAGUGCUACCGCUAGUUUGGGUGUCAUCCACAAAGGACAUGAAAAUGAAGCCCUCCAUUUAAUGUCCUCUUAUCUCCCGAAAGAUUCUGGUUCUUCUGCUGGUUACACGGAAGGAGGUGGACUUUACGCAUUAGGUCUGAUUCAUGCAAAUCACGGUGCAUCCAUAAUCGAUUAUUUAUUAAAUCAGUUGAAAGAAGCUUCAAAUGAAGUUGUUAGGCAUGGUGGUUGUCUUGGUCUGGGUCUAGCAGCAAUGGGUACUCACAGACAAGAUGUUUAUGAACAAUUAAAGUUCAAUUUAUAUCAAGACGAUGCAGUUACAGGCGAGGCAGCAGGUGUUGCUAUGGGUCUAGUUAUGCUUGGUUCAAAGUCUGCUACAGCUAUUGAAGAUAUGGUUGCUGUAAGUAUUUUUGUUUAUUUUUCACUAUGAUAAAAUAUAUAAUUG